AUGUCCGCGUAUAGGGCUUAUGCUCUCGGGCUGCGGUGCUCGGGGUACACUCCAAUAGGACUGCCGCCAUGCCAGGCGACACGAUACCUGUCCUCGCGCCGGACGUACGCAACAGAAAGCGCGUUGGCGUCCAAAACCAAAGGCGCUCCCUCAGCCAAAGCAACACACCGCGCCACCUCAGUCUCCUCAGCCUCACCAAAACGUACACCAGCCAAGGUCGAAGGACGCGCUGCAGGGCACCAGGGCCAGAACCAAGCCGCGGCGGAGGUGAAGACGCUCCCGCAACGCUCCACGUCAAAAGCGGGGCACACUCAUGCCUCGGCUUCGACGGUGCAGGAGACUGCUAGCAAGCCUCCUACCAAACCCGCGGAGAAGACGCUGGAGGAGAAGCAGUUGGAGGAGUUGGAGGCGUUGCAGUAUUUUGGUCAGGUCAUGAAGUCGUCGGAUCCGUAUGGCCAGCCUAUCCCCCAAUCCCUAGGCCAGUUUUGGAAGAACCGGCUAAAUGACGCGAAGAGUGCUAUGAGUCUUCUCUAUCUCGCAGCAGACAACGUCAUCCCCGGCGUACACCUCGGCCGGACGCCCUGGUACAAGUACUUUGGCUGGCUAUGGAAAGCCUUCAAGGUCAAGUCUACAAAAGACAACACUUGGCUCGCACCCUUCCGCCGCAUCGCUCUCGAGACCUACGUCGAGCUCAACACCUCCCUCGCAAACAGGGACAGCAAGACCCUCCGAGCCCUCACGACGAGCGAGUACCAGAGCGAGAUCCUCCGGCGUCUCAAAAAGCAGCCCCAUGGCCUCCACUUCAAGUGGAACCUCGAACGCGAAGUCUCGCCGACCCAAGUGCUCUCCCUCCGCGUCGUCCAAUACUACAUGGCCAAGGAGGAGCCCAAGUUUGGCAGCCGAUAUCUUGUACAUGCCCUUGUCAAGUUUGAUACUGAGCAGUCAUUGGAGAUCUACGGACCUCGUGGUGAAGCCUUGCACGAAGUUGCAGAGGGAGCUGUGAAGCGCCCCAACGGCACCAUCGCUGCUAAGCCCAAACGCGUAACAGAGUACCUCAUCUUGGAGAAGAGGCUCUGGUACGACACCCCUUGGAUCUUCCGAGAGCAGAUGUGGGAGACCAAGAAUUAA